CUAUUAAUUUGGUAAUUUCAUAUGAAUAUAGUCAGUGUUAUCAUUCAGAUUUUUUCGCAGAAAAACAGAAAUGAUUUUCAAGGGAGCUCACUCCAGCCAUAGUUUUGCAGUGGCAACAGAAGCGUCAAAAUGGCGGAUGACGACAAAGUACUUCAGGAUCUUCAAACCUAUUUGUCUCAAGCCAAAGGAAGAAAUGCACACGUAUCCACUUUAGCCCGCCAAGGAAAUGAUAAACUUGUUCAAGAUUUUCUUACGGAUGAUAUAAAAGUUCAAAGCACUGGUCCAUUUGCUAAAAAGACACAGUUGUAUGUUGCUUCCUUCUGGGGCAUCAAGGACAGUGUCAACCAGCUUCUUGAGGCAGGAACAAAUCCCAAUUUACAGAAUGAGGAAACACUGUGGACACCUUUACAUGCAGCAGCAUUUCAAGAACAUGGCCCAGUGGUUAUGUCCUUGCUUGAAUAUGGUGCUCAACCUGAGCUGCCUGAUGCAUACCACAGGACCCCAGCUGAUUUUGCUUCAGCUUCAGACAAGAUCUGGCCAUUCUUUGCUGCAUUAGAUGUGCCGAGAACCUCAAGAGGUGAACUGGUGGAGAAAGGAAUUCUGAGACCAGGUUCUGGACUGCGACAGCAGAGAGAAUUAGGACAUGGUAUUAACAUGGCGGAGUACAAACCAGCAGCUAGACAUGGCGGUGAUGAGGGAAACAGUUACCUGGCAGCCAUGUCUGGGGACGUUCUUGCUGAUGAGACAGAGCCCCAGCUACGAGUCAACGGCAUGAAUAGUUCCCAGCCGCAGUAUUCUAUCUGGAAAUAAAGCAGGACGCACUGAUACCAACAGCUUGUUGAUAUGAUAGUUGAUUUACAGCCUUGAAACCGUCCUUGACAGCUGAUAUUUAAUGACUUAUAGUCAUUAGUGAACCAUGGCAGAAAUUUGUGGUGGUGAAUAAUGUGACGGUUUGACAAAAUUCUUCCUUUAAAAUUUUAUUGUUAUGUGUUUUCUGAGAAAUAAGAAUGAUAUGUUUUCUCAGAAAUAAGAAUAAUUCAAGAUCACAUAACUGACAGUCGGAAUGAAUGUUUAAAUGAUAAGAAGUUUAUUUGAGCAAGUAUUUCUGACAUGAUGUACUAAACACUGUGAUUAUGGGAGUCUUUCAUAAUUUGAAGGCAUUUCUUUAAGGAGGAUUUGUGAAGAGUCGAAUUUCUGCUUAACAUUGUUGGAUUGAUAACAACGACAAAACUGCUAAUGCAAACUUGCAAAGCACUGCCUUUUCUGUUUUAGGCUGUCUUUCUUGAAAUCAGUAUUAAAGCAGUUUUGCAUUAAUAGGUACUGCAUAGUGAAUGGAAUUUUUGCUAGUGAAAGAUGCAUGGUUUGAAAAGUUGUGGUAUGAAAACGUAUAUUUUUGGAGCGUUCUCGGCAAUCCGUUGUAAACUUGUUCACAUUGCUUUUUAUGUAAAAAGUUUUACUUCAUUUGAUCCAGUAUUGUUGAUAUUUUUAGAAAUAAUGAUGUAAUCUUGAAGUUACUAAUAAUGUGGGUCUGGACCGGAAAGCUUACAGCAGAUAAUGAUAUAAUUUUCCCUGUUUCCAUUUUGAUUUUAAAGCGUUUCUCUUUCUACCUUAAGGACAUGAACGCAGGCAUUAGUGUGUGCCAACCUUACUUUUUUGCACUCUCAGUAUGAAAAUCUAACAGUGGACCCAAAUGGGCCAUAGUGUAUGGGUCUUGUAGUUUCAGAAAAUCAAGGAUCAAAAGGUUAAAGAUAAAACAAUUAUCUUGAAACCCUACUUCAGAGUAUUACUUUUUGGAGGCUUGAAUAAGAAUAUUGUUAUCUUGCCGCUGGUUUAAAGUGAUUGUCUUGUUGUAUAGGCAACUAUGAAAUAAUAGGUCCUACUUCAUUAGGCCAUCUGAUUUUUUUGGGUCUUUUUAUAGAGUUGGUUGUCGUUAACCACUUUUGAGGUUGUUCAUAUUUUUAAUCAAAAUUUAUAAUAGCAUCUAAAUCAGACAAUUUAGGAUGAUUUUACAGUUCUUUGCUAGUGAGAAACUUUUCUUUUCAAACAUUUGCAUGCCUAUAUGGUCACUCUAGUCUUCUUCUGUGUGCUAUCAGUUGAUUCUUUUGCUUGCCCAAUGUUGUUGUGAUUUUGAAUUCACUGUUUAAAUGUUGUAUAGUCACAUCAUUUGGCACAAGACAUUUAUUUAUUGUUUCAUUUUUGUCCAGUAUUUUUGAAAUGUCAAAAAAAAAGUAUUUGACUUUAUAAACACGGAACAACACUCACGGGGUUAGUCUGGAAAUCCCCGCAAACAUGGAAGUACACUGUCAGCGUUCAUCAGUAUUUCUCGUAUUUUCCAUUAUCUCUGCCAAACCUUUUACUGAACUAAAAUAAGUCAUUCAUUCAUGAUUCCUAUAUUUUCAGUGUCUGCAUGCAAUAAACAUUGAUUUCAUGUAUGACUUGAAUAUAUUCCUAUACAUCCAGGGUGGUUUACAUACGCUGUAGUAAUGACAAGUAAAAAUUUCUCCCCAAAAAUGUCUUGUAUUAAAUUGAGAACUCAGAGAAAUGGUCAUUUCACUCAGCUCAGAUGAAGCAUCUACAGUUGAAGGAAAAGGAUACCAAUUCAAUUAAACAUUCAUGUUCAUAUUAUGGCAGUAAAAUACAUGGUUUUUUUUCAAUUGAAUAAAGAGUUAAACAUUUUUAUCUUUGAAACAAGACUUGCCAGUCUCUUUAUAAAAUGGACUCAUUUUGCUUCUAUUGAAAGAAAUCCCAUUAGCAUGCCUUUAUCUACCUCCUUUGGACCUGGGUGUACAUCUGUGUAAGGGCUGCCUAUAUGUAUGUCAAACACAGAAAAAUAUGAUUGGCUUCAAAUAAAAGGAACUCAAGCCGUGGGAUCCUGUAGGAUCAGGCAUCCAGGGAUCUAAGAAUUAAUAUAUUUCUUUGUUCUUGUGAUUUUGAAACAACAUCAACAAUGAAUACUCAUUACAGUAUUGGAAUAAAAGUGAAAAGCAAUAUGUGUAAUACUCUUUAGGUGACUGGGCAUUGGUAUAAUUGUAAAUAUGUGUACUUCAGUCCGGUGCUGUACUUACAAUCUUUAAUUGAUUGUCCCUAUCUUCUUGGCAUGGACAUUGUCUAAAAUGUUUUGUAAAAUCUCUUCUUUCACUAUGUGGUAAAUCUUACAUUUUUGGUAUCAAUUAAUUGAUAUUUUUGUUGUAGUGAAAACUUAAAAGUGAGAUAUCAA